AUGCCUCUGACCAAGCUCAACUUCAUCACCGGCAACAAGAACAAGCUCCGCGAGGUGCGCGCCAUCCUCGGCAAUGUCAUCGAAGUCGAUAACCAGGAGGUCGACGUCCCCGAGAUCCAGGGCACAAUCGAGGAAAUCGCUAAGGAAAAGGCUAGACGUGCGGCUGAAGCGAUCAAUGGUCCUGCUUUGACGGAGGAUACGGCGCUGGAGUUCCGCGCGCUUAAGGGUUUGCCUGGGCCUUAUAUCAAAUCGUUUAUGGAGAAUUUGGGCCAUGAGGGACUGAAUAAGAUGCUUGAUGGGUUUGAGGAUCGCGGUGCUGAGGCUGUUUGUACCUUUGCCUUUUGUCCCGGGCCCGGUGAAGAGCCGCUUAUCUUCCAGGGGAGAACUGAGGGUGCUAUCGUGCGACCCAGAGGCCCGACGAACUUUGGCUGGGACCCGAUCUUUGAAUAUGACGGCAAACAAACCUAUGCCGAGAUGGACAAGGAGGAAAAGAACAAGAUCUCGCACAGAUACAAGGCGCUGGUGAAGUUGCAGCAGUGGCUCGCCGAACAACGGUAA